UGGGAGCCGCCUGAGGAAGACGAGAGGGGCGAAAAAUGCAGACGGAGGAGGAGACGGCCGCUGCAGAAGAGCCCAUCUUGGAGGAAGGGUCGGGACGAGAGCAGCAACGGCCGGUCCAGCAGUCUCUGGCCUCCUCUCUGUGCAGAGAGUCCCACUGGAAGUGCCUCCUCCUGACCCUCCUCAUGUACGGCUGCUUCGCCACGCUGGCUUGGUGCGCUCUCUGCCGCGUGCCUGUUCUCGGCUCCUCCUCCAUAACCCUCGGCGCCGACGACGACGCUGCGGCGGCGGCCUAUUACAAUGACAUCCUGCACCUGGAGAGCCCGUGCUCCAGCGGUUACGUCUACAUCCCCCUGGCUUUCCUGGCGAUGCUGUACGUGGUGUACCUGGUGGAGUGUUGGCACUGCUUCUCCAAGACGGCCACGCUGGCUCACGCCGAGUUCCAGGAGGUGUACGAGCGAGUGCAGAGACUCCAGCAGGCCACUCCCUGUAUUUGGUGGAAGGCCAUCAGUUAUCACUACGUGAGGAGGACCAGACAAGUGACGAGAUAUCGCAACGGAGACGCGUACACGACCACACAGGUCUACCACGAGCGGGUGAACACUCACGCCUCCAGCUCGGAGUUCGACUACGCUCGCUACGGCGUCAAAGACGUGUCAAAACAGCUGCUGGACCUGGAGCGGCACCCCGCCGUCCGCCUUCGUUUCACAAAGUGUUUCAGCUUCUCCAGCGCGCGUGCUGAAGCAGCCUACCUCACCCAGCGGGCGCGUUUCUUCGGGGAGAACGAGGGGCUCGACGACUACAUGGAGGCCAGGGAGGGAAUGCACCUGAAGAACGUGGAUUUCCGAGAGCACAUCCUGGCCUUCCAGGAUCCGGCUCAUCAGCCGUGGUUCUCCAGGCACAGAGUGUUCUGGCUGGCCUCGGCCUUCCUGCUGUCCUGGCCGCUGCGGGUGGUGUCCGAGCAUCGCACGGCGUACGUCCACUACCACGUGGAGAAACUGUUCGGGGAGGACGAGGACGUCGGCGUGGGAGGAGGAGGAGGGGGACAAGGCGGAGGGAGAGGUGACGGGGUCGACGGAGGGACUGAGAACGGGAUCCAUCCCGGAGGAAUGGGAGUUGGUCUGAACGGGACGAGCUACAGAGCCAUCUCUCGCGUCAACACGGUGGACAUGACGGAGCUGGAGUGGCACAUCCGCUGCAACCAGCAGAUGGUCCCGAGCUACUCUGAGGCUCUCCUCAUGGACUUGGACAUCAGUGGAGGAACAAACCCUACGGCCUCCACGCCCAUCUCCGGACCUCAAGGUGUCACCCCCACCCAGGGCUCCCACCCUCCUCCCCUGGCUCUUCCCGUUGUCUUCAACUCAGCGUACCUCCUGCAGAGCUGCCCGCGGUGUCGGCGAACCACGUCGAGCUCCAGUCUCCCCUCGAGGCUGAGGGCCCCGAUGGGAACCACAGCCCUCCUGAACGCCACCGUGGCCGGGAUCAGAGCGGCCGGGCCGGGCGGCGGCAUCGGAGGAAGACUGGUGCUCAGCCGGAGCGGAUUCUCUCUGGGGAGACUCGGAGGCGGGCGUCAGAACAGCUUGUUUCACUCAAGGAGCAUGGGAGGACUGGGAGGCAGCAGGGAGGACGGAGGGGGGAGUGGAGGAGGAAGCAGCAGCGGAGGAGGAGGAGGCGGAGGAGGAGGAGGAUUCCUAGGGUUAGGCUCGAGACAGAACAACGAGGAGACCAGAGGGGUCCUCGAAGGAGAGGACGAGGAGGAGGAGGAGGAGGUGAGGAGGAGGGAAGGCAGGAGAGGAGAGCGGGAUGAGGAGGCUGAGCAGGAGAGCGGAGGGGGAGGAGAGGGGAGGGAGGGGGAGAGGGAUCGCCCUCCAUCCUACCAGGACGCGUUCUUCUUUCCUGUGCUCAUCAUACACGGGGAGGAGAGCUGCCACGCCGGAGACGACAUGUGAGACAGAACGAGUCGGUCAGGGAAGAAAACGGAGCACACGGGAACGGGUCCGAGCUGCGAGGAUC